AUGGAUCAUCUGGAGGCGAGUCAGACUAAAGAAGACGAGGUUGUUACCCACCUGCAGAAGGACAAUCAGAAUGGAUAUACCAGCCAUUGUCUGAUCCCGCAGAAAAAGGUGGUGGAUAAACUCGUGAAAAAAAUCAAGAAUAAAACCGUGGAUAUACAAACAUUCCAAGGGUUUUCAAGAGGAAGAUUGGAUCAAGUUCUACAAAGCUUGAGUCCAUUCAAAAGAAAGCAUCAUGUUUUCUUUGGCACAACCAGCCGGGAGCUGUCACUUCCAAUAGAAUUGACAAACAACCAAGUAGAGAUCCAGUUAAUUCCAGCCGAAGACGUGCGAAGAGAUCUCUCAAAAAUGAAGCCAGAAGUCGCUAAUACGAUGAAAUGGAUUCAUAUCGGAGCAAUUCAGCUGGUGGUUAAGUCUGCUCUUUAUCCAGGAACAGAUACACCAAUCGACAUUGUGAUUUGUGAUAAGAGAGUCACAAAUUCAAGAGAUUCAGUACUGGGAGCUUUCUCAGGCAAUCUUUAUGCUAAGCAGAUUAUAGCCGAGUUGUACCCACAGAUCGCUUAUAAUAUUCAAGAUGCAGCCUUCAGCCGAGCCCUGACACUAUAUCAGGACUACAAGAGGAAGGAUAUUUUAACAGGAGGAAAUAGGCCAUAUUCGAUUACGUAUCAAGUCUCAUAUACCCUAUCAAAUUCCCACCACACGAAUCUAUUUUUGGAAAAAGAUUUUAUUGAAAUCCCAGAAAUAUGCAAGGAGGUGGCCAAGGCAAUUAGCCCUGACCAAGUCGAAAUCCCACAAAUAAGGGAAAUUGACAUCCAAAUCGGAGACAAGCAGGUGCUGAAAUACGAUCAAAGUCUCAGAUUGAAAGCGCCAAGGUUGUCAUUCCAAGGAGAAAGGCUUACAUCAAGGCCUUUGGAAAGAAGCUUUUCUCAUUUCUACGAGAGAAAAGCAAUCCAGGAAGCACCAGUUCAAGGCAUAAGAGUAAAACUCAAAUGCCCCGAAGGUUGGAGAAAUGUUUCCACAAAGUUUGAUACAACCGAAAGGAAAAAUCAAUUUCCUUGCAACACGUUGUAUUAUUUGGCAAAUCCAGAAAAUAAUAGAUACAUUGGAAUUCUGGAGAUUGGGGGCUUCGAGAUCCAGAUCGAAGGCAAAGCCGGACAAGAAGCUGACGUCCUAAUCUUAGGACGAAAUUUCCUUGACAAUUAUCAACCAUGGUCAAGGAAAGCAAGUGGAAUGGAGAUCACCAUCGAUGAGAAGAGGUUGCUGAUCAAAUGA